AUGUCUGUCCUGCCGCAUGUCAACACCGCAACGUUGCAGUCGGUGUUGCAGACAGUUUGCUCCACGGGGGAGCCAGCCAUAAUUGCCCCAUCCUCGUUUCUGGGGGAGCUGGACACCGUCGUGGAUGAGGUGAAGAAACAUGGGAUGAAGCUGGCGAGCAUUCCCCAUGGUGGAAUAACCAUUCUUCCUCCUGUUCCAGUAAGUGCCGCCGAGCUCUUUGACUUCUGCGCAGAGUAUUGUAGGGCUCAGACGCAUGACGAGCGCUUGGCAGUGCGGCAGAGAAUAAAUAACCACAACUUCUCCAUGCAGGACCCGCUUUUCCGGACGCCUUGCCGACAGCUGUAUAACCCAGCUGACUACGUGCUGCGUAUAGUGCACCUGUGCGCGGAGCUUGUUUCUGCCUCAGAGGAGGAGUACCAAAGAGCCUACGCUGUCGCACCAGUGCUGCAUAUCAACCCUGUCCAAGGCAUUUGCCACAAGCUGCGCAGCAUGUUUCAGUCAGGUAGCCUGUAUGUGCAGCCCUGGGUGACGCACGAGAAGGAAAAGGAGGAAGAGGUUCAAGACAUAGCUGAACCCAAAAGAGACGUGCCGUCCAUGCCGGAAAUUUCUGAGACUGGCCGAGGCGACAGCGGCGUCAGCAUCAGCGACACUGAGCUGAGCGUUGAGGAGAGCAACGCGGUAGAUGAGGACUUAACGGGGCAGGAGGUUGUCGACAACGCGGCGGACACGGUGGCCGAGUACCUGUCAGAGACGGACUUUGGGGUCGUGACGGAGAGCGGCGUCUUCUACGAUGAGUCCGGGGAGCGUGUGCUCGCCAUUUACAUCCGCGGCGGUGUCAAGAAAGACAUCUGCCAACGCGCGUCUAGCGCCCUUGAGGCCGCUGCGACGACAAGGAACCUGCGCAAGGCGAUCAAUGGCGGCAAGGUUAACCCGGAAACGGGAAUUGUGGGCUACUAUGAUUAUCUGAAUAACCCCACCCAGCGCAAGUGCCGUGAGACGGAGUUCACGCGAAAGAAUUGGAGCACUAUAGCCGACCCCUGCGAAGCAUUCCUUGUGGCAAUGGAUAAACUCUACAGUGAGUGUGCCCCGACGCACUAUAAGCUGCAACGUAUCGCUAUUCCACCUCAUUAUCAAUUGUUUAAUACGGUCUUUAGUACAAUGACGGUCAAUCGAAACUUCAGAACGGCGGUGCACACCGACAAGGGCGACUUUCGAAGCGGCUUGGCUGCUCUCAGCGUGAUAGACGGCGUCUUUGACGGCUGCCACUUGGCGAUCAAGGCGCUGGGGAAGGCUUUUCGUCUCGAAGUUGGGGAUGUGCUUUUCUUUGACACCUCCCUCGAGCACGGGAACACCGAGGUGCACAACUUUGACUACUGCUGGAAGCGGGUGAGCGUCGUCUGCUACCUGCGCAACGGUCUGAUGUCCCAGACGUGCGUGAUGGAGCGGCGUCAGUGGCUGCAACGGCAAAUGUCGAAGCAGCACCUGCUUGAUAAGUCGCGUCAGAGUGUGGUGAACUUAAAUGUCGUGGACCCCAGCCUCCCUCCCAUCUACGUCCCUGGAAAGUUGGUGGGGGUUCUCUCUUCCGUGCAGCAGGCCGCUCUGGGGUUUGUUGUGGAUCGCCUCAGCAAAGGCAAUGGCUGCAUCAUUGCGCUAACGAUGGGGUUGGGUAAAACUUUACUUUCCCUGGCCUUGUGCUACUCGCAUCUUUGCGACCCUAACCCACGGGACGUGCUCAUUCUAGCACCGAAGCUUGUGCUCACGCACUGGCUAGGCGAAAAGCAAAAGUGGGAAAAGUACGGUCUUAACUUUCCAGAGUUUGUCGUCUCUGACGGGACGGACUCCGCCUCCUUCGAGCUUUCGCUCAAGCGGUAUGAGCAACAGCUCAGCGGGGAGGUGCCGCGGACAAGUCACGUGUUUGUCAUCAACCCAGAGUACGUCCGGUCGGUGCUGAAGAAGCUCCCGGGGUUUCGUCCAAGUCUCAUGAUCGUCGACGAGGGUCACCGUGUGUCCGCCAAGGGCAGCAAACUAAAGGACUGGUUGGAGGGCAUGCGUUGCCCGUCGCGCGUGAUCCUCUCUGGAACGCCUGUGCAAAACAACGCGGAGGAGUUGUACCGACUCAUCGGCUGGAUAAACAGCGAUGUCCAUUCGGUUCUGCCGCCGCGUGUGUUCUCGGAGCUUGCAGCGACCAUCAAUCGAUACAUUGAAGGGGAUGAUUCUGUUUUUGCCGCAGCCGUGUCUGCGCAACGAUACAUUCAGGAGUGGAUGAGCACGUACGUGUUUAGCGUCAUGAAAACGGACCUCCCACCCCUGCACGACUACAUUAUCACCUGCGCGUUUUCAAGCGUCCAGCAAAGGAUGCUGGAGGACCAUCUUGGCACGGAGGCCGCAGAUGGGAUGGUCAGCAUUAAGGCUUCUGAGCACCGUCCCUAUCACCUCUCCACGCACCCGCUGUGCUUUUUGGGGUUUAUCUCCGGCGUGUAUAAAUCCCUUAGUGGAACCCACAAGCUGGCGCCCGAGGCGGCGGAGGAGGAGGGUGAGUCACAGGAAGAUGCUUCACAGACGUAUUCGCUUACCGAGGACGACAACAAGCUAAUAGAUGAGUGUCUGUCGAUGGUCAUCUCGGGCCGCCUGGCGGAGUUUGUGGGUCUCAGUGGGAAGAUGACGGUGCUUAUUUUGAUUCUGCAGUCCAUCAUGGAGAUGAAGGAGAAGGCCAUCAUCUUCUCACAGUACGUCGGGUCCCAGGACUUUAUCUCGCGAGUAUUGACCUCCUUUGACAUUAUUUCCUCCACCAUCCGCGGGAGGGACUGCCAUGAGCGGCGCCGCAGAACAAUAGAGAAAUUCAGAGAGGACGAGAACAUUACUUGCCUUCUUCUAUCGACGCAAAUUGGGGCGUACGGGCUUGACUUCACCGCCGCCAACCACGUUAUCCUGUGGGACAGCUGGUGGAACCCGCAGGUAGAAUCGCAGGCCGUCGCACGGGCCUACAGACGUAAUCAAACAAAGCCUGUCGUUGUUUACCGUCUCGCCUCGGUGUAUGAGGACACCAUCGUUCUUAAAACGCAAAUACGGAAAAUGGCGCUAUUUAAGUUUCUUAUGAGCUAUCAAGCCGCACGCGCGGUGCCUCCAGAAGAGCUGCUGGACUGCGUUGACACCGAGGAGGAUGAGCAGCGGCGCUUUUUGUGGCUUUCCCUAAAGGCAAGCCAUAUCGAGGGUGGUGCACCGGCGGUAUCAAAAGUAUUCCGUUACGGCGAUACGCUAAGGAAUGAGUCAUGGUCUUGA